AUGACGGAGACGAAGCGCAAGAAAGGCGCCGAUCUACCGCCAGAGAACGAGCGCUUCCUCCGAUGCUGCGCAGACAUCGCCAACGCCCUCAUCGAGGACCAUGAGGCCACCCAGGACUCGACACGCCCGAAGAAGGACUUGAACUUAAACUCGCUCCGGUCCAGGCUUGCCAAGAAGCACAAGAUCAACAACAUGCCCUCACUGACCGCCAUCAUCGCCGCCGUCCCCGAACACUACAAGAAGUACAUCCUGCCCAAGCUCGUCGCAAAGCCAAUACGAACAUCCUCAGGUAUUGCAGUUGUUGCCGUCAUGUGCAAGCCUCACCGGUGCCCACAUAUUGCAUAUACUGGCAACAUCUGUGUCUACUGUCCUGGAGGGCCAGACUCCGACUUCGAGUACAGCACCCAGUCCUACACCGGGUACGAGCCCACGUCUAUGCGAGCUAUCCGAGCACGAUAUGACCCAUUCGAGCAAGCCCGUGGCCGUGUUGAUCAAUUAAAGGCACUAGGGCAUUCGGUGGACAAAGUGGAAUACAUCAUCAUGGGAGGCACCUUCAUGUCCCUCCCGGAGUCAUACAGGGACGACUUCAUUUCCCAGCUGCAUAAUGCGCUCAGCGGAUACCAGACCUCAAACGUGGAUGAGGCGGUCGAGGCAGGAGAACUGAGCAAUACUAAGUGCGUGGGCAUCACAAUCGAGACACGGCCAGAUUACUGCCUGCAGCCACAUCUGUCGAGUAUGCUGCGCUAUGGCUGCACACGGUUGGAGAUCGGUGUGCAGUCUCUGUACGAAGAUGUUGCACGAGACACCAAUCGAGGGCAUACCGUUGCUUCUGUCGCAGAGACUUUCAGCCUUGCCAAGGACGCUGGGUUCAAGGUCGUUAGCCACAUGAUGCCUGAUUUACCAAAUGUCGGGAUGGAGCGCGACCUUGACCAGUUCAAGGAGUAUUUCGAGAACCCAGCCUUCAGGACAGACGGCCUGAAAAUUUAUCCAACCUUGGUCAUCAGAGGGACGGGUCUCUAUGAGCUAUGGCGGACAGGCCGCUACCAGAACUACACUCCAAACGGACUAAUUGACCUUGUCGCGCGGAUUCUGGCCCUUAUUCCACCAUGGACUCGUAUCUACCGUGUCCAGCGUGACAUUCCGAUGCCGCUCGUUACCUCUGGCGUCGAGAAUGGAAAUCUUCGAGAACUGGCCCUUGCUCGCAUGAAGGACUUUGGCACAACUUGUCGUGACGUACGAACCCGUGAGGUCGGUGUCAAUGAGGUCAAGAACAAGAUCCGCCCCAAUCAAAUCGAGCUUGUGCGCAGAGACUACACAGCAAACGGAGGUUGGGAGACAUUCCUUGCAUACGAGGACCCCAAACAGGACAUACUCGUCGGAUUGCUGCGGCUGCGGAAGUGUACCGAAAAGUACACGUACCGUGAGGAGCUCGUCGGUCAGCAGACGAGUUUGGUGCGUGAGCUGCACGUUUACGGAACAGCGGUACCUGUGCAUGCGAGGGACCCUAAGAAAUUCCAGCAUCAAGGGUUUGGAACCUUGUUGAUGGAGGAGGCAGAGAGAAUAGCGAGAGAUGAGCAUGGCAGCGAGAAGAUCAGCGUCAUCUCGGGCGUUGGUGUGAGGAGCUACUAUAAAAAGCUUGGAUACUGGCUAGAUGGGCCAUACAUGAGUAAAUGGCUGGAUGGAAGGCCGGAGAAGCAGGGUUAA